AGAAACCCCCCCUUUCCUGUUGCAGUUUGAUUGGUGUUUGUUAUGUUUCAUCUACUACACCUUUAACAACUUCUUUUUCUCGAGUUUAUCUCUCUUGUCCAACUGGUUCCUCUGUCAUGCUUGCGAUGAUCCCACGUUCUAAACAGAGAAUCCAGCCCCCCAUCUAAAACACCAUGGAAUCCUCCCCUUUGACCCAGCAAAGUAGACCCGAGAUCUUCAAGCCGAAGGUUGUCCAACUAUAUGAGAAACUAUUCCAAACAACCGACUACACAGAACCCUCGGAGGGUUUUUGGAGGGAGUUCUUCCUGUUGCCGCCUGAUCGCGCCCAGCUUCAUGCGGUUCUAGAACAGCUUAGUCCCGAUGAUACUCUCACCCUCCAGAACCAAACUCAACAACUUUUUGCGCGUGCCAUUCGCGAGGCUGGCUCCGGCCCCGACCCCGUCAAUUCUUAUGCCUUAGAGACUUUGACGGUCUUUCUAGCCUGUGUCUUGAAGAAGAAAUACACCAACCCCAGCUCCGACGUCAUCACGGUGCUUGCUGGUCUCGACGAUGUUGACCACGUCAUCUCCAAUUUUGUCGCUGUGCUUGAUACGGUCAUUCGCAAUGGCAGCAGCCUUGAUCUCCGGAUCAAGGGUGUACGGGUGGCCACAGCGAUGGCCAGCGGAGCCUACAAAACCAGCCUGGUCUCGUACUUUACCCAUCGCGACUUGUUCCCCUCGCUCAUGAAGCUCGUUCAUGACUCUGAAACCCCUUUGCAAGUCUUUGAGCCAUUUCUUCUCCUGGGACUUCUGGCAAACUACAACAAAUUUGAAUUCCAGAAUCCCUAUCAGCUGCGGCUCGAUGACUUUGUCAAUGAAGCGAGCAUCCAAAAGAUCGUCAAGGGGGUCGGUCUGUCCUGUGGCGCUUUAAGAAACGGCUAUGUUGCCGUACAAGAUGACUCUCCCGAAGGAUGGAACCUUAUCAGCACUCUACUCUUCUUUGGCCUGGGGGUGCUCACCUCUGGCAAAAAAGGACGAACCAGUCCACCCAGUGCAGAAGAGGCAAAAGAGAUCUUCGCGCAGCUUCCGGCCAAGCAGGCUGCUAUCCUUCUAGCAACCUACGACUUCACCAACGCAAACAAGCUUUUUGGCUAUCACUUGGUUACAGCGGCCCCGGAGAAAGAGAAUGAGGAAUCUCCGUUCGCAAGUUUCCUCUCCCUGACCUCCUAUCUCUUGCACCACGCAUAUCGCUCCCCGCGCGUUGGACAGUACGCCGAACUCAACCUCUUCGUCCUCCGCAUCCUCACGGAGGACUCGAACCUAUGCAAGCAGCUCUGCAGCGAAGACACCAAGCGAAAGAUCCGUCUCUGUCGACAGCGCCAGCCUUAUCUUCCCGCAGUGACUGGGGAAAGGGUUCUUGCCACAGCGAUCUUCGACAUCGUAAUCGACACCCUUUCGCACAACCUGCGUCGACGCCUCGACGUCAACCUCUACAGCCAAUCAAUCGCCAUCCUCCUCCGCCUCUUCACCUACCUCUCAAUGAACAAAAUCCGCCUCACAUACCACUGGUCUGAACUCUGGCGCACUCUCCUCUCCCUCAUGCGCUUCCUCACGACCUACUCCUCCGACCUCACCAGCCACCUGCACAUCGAAACCCUAACAACAACCCUCGUCGACCUCGUCGCCUUCUGCGUCUCCUCAGGCGACACCUUCCUCCCCGACCCAACCUCCUACGACGACCUCUUCUACAAGCUCGUCGAGACAGGCCCCAUCAUCGUCAAAUUCCGCGACGUCUUCUCCCUCAGGGGCCCCUCAACCGCCAAAAUCACGGACCCCACCCCGCCCAAGAACGUCCACGUCGCUGCCAUCGACACUCUCAUCUCCGUCUCCUCCCACUUCAACACCCUCCUCUUCAACACUGACCCCAACAGCAAGGGCGACGACGCCUCGGCCGAAGCCGCCCCCAUCCCGGCUACGCAGAAGAAGAAUCUCAGCCCGCGCGAGGUGCACAAGAUUAUCAAGCAAGGGUACGACACGCUGAGUAUCCAGCCGCCUGAUGGGUUGAGUGCGUGGACGCGGUGGAGAGAGACGGACUGGAAGCCGGACUUGAAGCGGGUGGCGCGGUGUGCGGUGGACGAUGCGAGGGAUUUUGUUGCUUGAAUUCGUUGUAUCUUCUUGUGGGCGAGAAAAUGUGAAGGUUGAGAUGAGAUUGGGGGGUGUGAGACAGCAACGCUUUUGCAUAUACGCAUCUCUAUUUUAUUCAAGCUUUUAUUCUAUCUUUG